AUGGUGUCGAGCUCCAGCGUGUUGGUGGGUUGGUGUCGGCCACGGCGGCGGCAAAUUAGGAGGCGGAGGGGCAGCACCAUAAGGCUAGGUAGCCGGCGGCGUGGUUUCUGGCUGGGGACACGGCCGCCGGCGGUGAAAUGGGGAUUGGUGGCGGCUCCUCUGAGACUGCUGAAGAGAAUGAUCAUGGAUUUAGCUCCUGAUCAUUCGGCCGCUUCUCCUUGUUUAGAGGCUUAUUUCCGCAAUUUACCCUUUUUACGUCCUCAAAUUUUUCCUCUUUGCUGA